CAUUCAAAUGUUUUGAAAGAAAAACAUUUCAUUUCAAUAGACAAAUGCAAUCAAAUUGUUUUGUUUUCAAAUUUCAUAUGAAUUUUCGUUUUAAUUGACCACUAAAUCGGUAAUUACGGGCAAAGAAAAUGUCGGGAAAAUCAUACGACAGACCAGUUGAACACAAAGAGUACAUCCGAUUAAAGUAUAUGACAUCAAAUGACAGCAAAAAUGAAGAAAAGAUCAAAAAGAAGAAACGAAUUAAGAAAUUGAUUAAACCGAAGACCAAAAAAAUACAUAUCUUUGACGAUGACAUCGAUCUCAAGAAGAUUGAUAAGAAUGGCAGCGAUGAUGAACUGUAUUUCGGUACCAAAGAAGAAAAGCCACAGAUUGCCGCUGUGGUCGACGAACGGCCGCUUCAUAUGAGACGCAAAGAUUUGGACACAAAUCGAUGGAAAACUAUUGAACCGGUUGUCGACAGUUCGGUGGUCAACGAUAAGGCAAGUGAUAGUAAUAAGAGAUUAAGACACGAAUCGGACGACGACUCAACGAUUCCCAGUCGACGACUACAACAACAUGAUAGCGAUGAUUCAGAUUUGGCGCCACCAAGAAAUAGGACUUCCAAUCGACAGCGACACGACUCAGACAGCGAUCUGUCGCCAGUAAGAGCAUCAAACAGACAGAAAUCAAAAAAUAAUAUCAAUGACGAUCUCUCACCUCCAAGACAUAAGUCUACGAAACAAACGCGACACGACUCGGACAGUGAUCUUUCGCCAAUAAGAGAGACAAAAGCACCCAAAAGACAGAGAUCAAGACAUGACGAUGAAGAUCUAUCACCUCCGAGAAGUCGACAACCAAAUCGAAGUCAACGACACGAUUCAGGCAGUGAUUUGAGUCCACCGAGGAGUUCACGGAACGAUACACACAAACCUAAGCCGAAAACAACACUCAGCGGUAAGAAAGCUGGUCUUUCUGAUGGAAAACAUCUGCGCGAAGAACUUAUGAACGCAAAAAAGAAAGAACAGAUACUGUUUGAAUCGAUUAGCGAUGAGAUGUUAGGCAAAAAUGCCAAAACUGUAUUCAGAGAUUCAAAAUCGGGUAAAAUUCGAGAUCUGGAUGAAGAGGCCAGAGUUCAGAGGGAAAAAGAUUCAAUUAAAGACAAAAUAGAGGCGGAAAAGAAAGCUAAAUAUGAUAAAUGGUCGAAAGGUUUGGUCCAGAAGAAGGAACAACAGGAAAAGCGUGAAUCAAAUCUACACGAAAUGUCCAAACCUUUGGCCAGAUAUGAAGACGACGCCGAUUUGGAUAAAAUGUUGAGAGAACAGGAACGAGAUGAUGACCCGAUGCUACAAAUGAUACGCAAGAAUAAGGAAAAAGUGGCCAUAAAAGAGGGGACGUUUAAGGUUAGACCCGCUUAUAAGGGUCCGACUGCUCCGCUCAACCGAUUCAAUAUACAACCCGGUUAUCGAUGGGAUGGUGUCGAUCGGUCCAAUGGUUUUGAGAAACGCCAUUUCGAUCGAAUAGCCAAUCGGAUGGCCACUCAGGACGAGGCCUACAAAUGGGCCACUGAAGACAUGUAACUCAACUCUUCAUUCAAUUUUUUUUGUAAAUAUAUCAAUCAUUUAAUAAUUAGAUUCAAUUUAU